CAUGGAGUUCUGGCUAUAAAAACUGGCUUACUUCCCUACAUGGUUUCGUGUCUUUCAUUUCCUUCGGUCUUCUGUAAGCAAAUAGUGCGGGCGAUGAUGCCAGGGGGAAGAGAUGAUGAGGUGAUGAUGAGUGUGAAGGUAAGCAAGAGAGAAGUCGUCGCAGCGUUUCUUCCAGUACAAGAGCACUGGCUCCCGCUUUCUAACCUCGACCUGUUGUUGCCUCCGCUCGAUGUGGGCGUCGUCUUCUGUUACGCCGCUCCGGCCAUGGCCAAUAACAAUUAUGAUGAUAAGAUGAAGCCACGGCUGCUGCGGACGUUUGGGUCCAUGGUUGGGGCUCUUAAGGUGUCCCUGGCCCAAGUCCUGGUGACGUACUACGCCUUUGCGGGUGAGAUGGUUGUCAACUCCGCAGGCGAGCCCGAGCUCCUCUGCAACAACUCCGGCGUCGACUUUGUUGAAGCUUCGGCUGACAUCCAGCUCCGGCACCUCAACCUCUAUAAUCCUGAUGAGUCCCUCGAAGGCAAACUUGUGCCCUCCAAGAAACGAGGUGUCCUUGCUGUUCAGGCGACGGAGCUCAAGUGUGGGGGAAUGGUGGUGGCGUGCAAGUUCGACCAUCGCAUCGCUGACGCCUAUUCGGCCAACAUGUUCCUGGCAUCAUGGGCGGAGAUGUGCCGAUCCUCCUCCAUCUCCAUCUUCCCAUCUUUCCGCCGAUCUCUCCUUUAUCCUCAACACCGUUCCACCUCUAGUCAUCAUCUCAACCUGGGCCUCGACGACUUGUAUGUGCCUCUCUCCAAGCUACCCGCUCCUCCUCCUGAAUGCCCAGUAACUAAUGAGGGUGCCAGGCCUGCCGACCAUCUGAAAAGCCGCAUCUACCAUGUGCCUGCCGACCAGCUCAGCCAGCUCCAGUUGGUCGCCAGCUCCAAUGGCUGCAAGAGGACUAAGCUAGAGUCCUUCAGCUCCUUCCUCUGGAAGAUGGUCGCCAAGUCCGAUGCGUUCGACUCAGCACACGACCGGCCAGCUAGUGCCGACGUCAAGAUGAGGACUUCAAAGAUGGGAAUCGUGGUGGAUGGGCGGACCAGGCUGCCGGGGGACAUGAGCUCCUACUUUGGGAAUGUCCUGUCCAUCCCCUUUGGGGAGAAGAGCGUGUCCAAGCUAGCCGAGAAGUCUCUCAGCUGGAUAGCUGAUGGAGUCCACGAGAUGCUCAGCACCGCGGCCACUAGGGAGCACUUCCUGGGGCUGAUAGAUUGGGUGGAAGCUCACCGCCCGAAGCCAAACCUGGCUAGAGUGUACUGCAAGGAGACAGGAGACGGUCCGGCGUUGGUGGUAUCGUCAGGCCAGAGGCUCCCUCUGGCUGAUAUUGAUUUUGGGUGGGGGAGGCCCGUGUUCGGGUCAUACCAUUUCCCAUGGGGAGGCGAUUGUGGCUACGUUAUGCCCAUGCCCAGCCCGCUCGGCAACGGGGACUGGAUCGUCUACAUGCACCUCGCGGAACGGCAGCUCCACUUCAUUGAGUCGGAGGCUGCUCAUGUCUUCAGACCUUUGACAUUCCAUUACCUUAGCCACGAGGGGAUAUGACUUACUGUAAUUUGUAUGCUGUUUCUCUAAAAAAUGAUGCUUAAUCCAGUAAGUAUGUUUUCGUCUGCAACUGAAAGCUGUUUUUGGAUCAAUGAGAUUCUUCAGAUUAGCACUGAACAUGUUUAUCCGUGACUGAUGAGAGCUAUAUAGCAAAGCUCCUCACACUGCUCCAUGUGAGAUUAGGCCCUUACCGUCCA